GUCUCCAACCUUUUGUCUCUUCCUGCUCUUCUCUCCCCUCUCCCCACCAUUGCCCCUGCAACCUCCUCUACACCUCAUUCAAUUUAACACUAGCUUCUCUCUCUCUAUAGCUCUACAAGUUGAUGAGAAGCUGCAGCGUUAUAUAAGCCGGGCUAGCUAGCUGUCUGUUUGCAGGUCACUCGUGUGUGUGUACAACAACUAUAUACACAGUUAUACAUUCGUGUGUGAAGUGAUAUAUAUAUGUGCGAAGUGACUGGUUAGCUUAAUUAGCUGCCUGGAUGAUGAUGACGAUGAUGAGCAUAUAGCUGGUUUUGUUUGUUUGUUUGAUCGAUCGCUGCAAGUCGAUCUUGACAUUGUGCUGUUGAUCGAACGAUCGAUCGAGAGGUUGUGAGAGAUGACCAUGGUGAGGGCGGCAAUGGUGGGCGGCGGCAGGGAGAGGAACGGCGGCGUCAGGCAGUACAACCGAUCCAAGGUGCCGCGGCUACGCUGGACGCCUGACCUGCACCACUGCUUCGUCCAUGCCAUUCACAAGCUCGGCGGCCAGGACAAGGCUACACCGAAGCGAGUUUUGCAGCUGAUGGGAGUGGGAGGACUCACCAUAUCUCAUGUCAAAAGCCAUCUUCAGAUGUACAGGAACAUGAGGAAUGAUCUUGGAAUGCAAGGGAUACAGGUGCAACAGGUGGAUCAGGAGCACACAUAUGGAGGUGGUGUGGAAGUUUGGACUGAUAUGCAGCAGUGUGAUCAUGAUGAGUGUGAUGUCCCUUGCUGCAGCUGCCACUCCCCAAAGCCUAGAAAGGAGCCACUGCUUCACCUCCAACUGAAAAGCUGCAGGGACGACGCCGCAGCAUCUGCGACGGAGACGCGACGACGACGUGGUGGGAGGCCGGAGGAGGUAGACGACGACGCGAACGCGAGCACGAGCCCCAGAAUUAGCCAGCUGCAGCUGCUGCGUCUCAGAGGCCAUGGAAUACGUGAGAGCGACAUGUCACCGUCGACGAGCCUGCAGUGCUACUAUGUACGCAGCCAGAGGACGACGACGAUGCCGCCGGGCGCUGCUGCUGCAGCAGCCGGCGGCGAUGGCGGAUCACAGUGCUACGCCGCACCUCGGUACAGCUCUUCCUCCAAGCUGAAAUUCUUGGGGUUCGUGGUGACAUCGGGGCCUCCUCCUCCUCGUCUUCCUCCUCCUGCUGCCUGCUGCUGCGGCAGCGAUGACAACAUCCCUUUUCAGGUCGGCACGUUUGCCCCACACCGCGUCGCGCCGCCAACGGCGAGCUGCGGCGGCGGCGGCGGCGGCGGCCGCGCGGAGGCGCGCCCCUCGUCGUCGUAUCGCUCGGUGUGGUUCGAACCGGCCGCCGCCGCCGCCGCGAGCAACAACGGCGUGGCGCCGGACGGCGAGCACGACGACGGCUGCUCGCUCUCGCUCUCGCUGGCGUUGGACACGGGAUGCGCCGGCGCCGGCGGCAGCCUGGUCUCGUCGACGACGUCGUCGUCGUCGGGAAGCCGGAUCAGCCUCGACUUGUCGCUCUCCACGCUUGACUCGUAGAGCGUGCGUGCGUGCGUGGCAGCGUGAGAUGUUUGGGCCUUUGUGGGCUUUGUGGGCCGUUUUGUCGCCUGAUUUUGAUGUAGUUUUAGGCCCAACAAGGCAGCUCAUAUAUGGGCCUCUUAUUCAGGCAGCUCAUAUAGUUUUUCUCUUGGGCCGCGAGCUGCUUUCACAUAUGGGCCUCUUAUUCAGAUUAGCUAUUCACCAAUCCUGGAGAAAGCACGAAUCUCGAUGCCCCGAAUUUCUGCACCUCAUGCGGUUAUACGUACAGAGAUCAGGCAGAAAUUUCCCCGCAAAAAAAAAAAAA